AGGCACUUUCGGCUAACGACUUUUUUUUCUAAAGGUACAUCGUCAUCGCCCGUGCGUCACGAACUACAGGGUUGGAUAAUACGAGCAUAAGAUGAUUACAGGUUUUCAGUAAUUGAUAUUUCCUAAUACACAACAUUCUCCAUAGACAAUUAUCCUAGCUUCGCAAUCAGCCGCACGAAAUAUACUCUCGAUGGAAUAAGAAGGGGAGUCCCGAACGGUGUACCAGAUCCAGAUGUAUCCGUUCAACUGUCGAGAGCGAACGCGGCAAGGCGCGCGAAAAAUCCAUCGAUUCGAUCGCGAGUUUGAGAGAUUCGAAAUUAUCAAUAUAUUCCAAAUACCGAUCGAACGUUUCUAACGACAUGGCGGAAGAGGGCGAGGUCGCUAAGUGGUACCGAAAUAAGGUGAUCUUCGUCACCGGAGCUACCGGAUUUAUGGGUAAAGUCCUCGUCGAGAAGCUCCUGAGAUCCUUCGAGGACCUCGGACCGAUCUACGUGCUUGUACGACCGAAACGAAGCGUCCGCGUCGAAGAGCGGAUCGAAAAAAUGGCGGACUCCCGAGCCUUCGAGGAACUCCGAGGGGCGAGAGCGAAUCGUGAGAACUGGAUUCUCCCGAUAGCCGGAGACGCGGGUCUCCCCGGUCUCGGAAUUUCGGCCGAGGACAGAAUUCUACUCCAGGAGAAGGUGUCCGUGGUGUUCCACCUCGCGGCCACCGUGAGAUUCGACGAACCACUCAGAAACGCGGUGGCGAUGAACGUACGGGGAACUCGCGAGUUGCUCCGACUCUGCCAGGGAAUGAAAAAUCUUCGCUCUUUCGUUCACGUCUCCACCGCCUACGCCAACUGCGAUCGACCGAUAAUCGAGGAACGUUUCUACUCCCCUCCCCUGGAUCUGACCGAUCUGGAGGACCGUCUCGCUAAUAUCGACGACGAUCUUCUCGGCCCGCUUACCCCAAGUUUAAUCGGCAAACACCCGAACACCUACACAUUCACCAAGGCUCUGGCCGAGCACGUGGUCGCGGAAUAUUCGGCCCGGCUGCCGGUCGUCGUUGUUCGACCUUCGAUCGUCUCACCUUCUUGGAAGGAGCCGAAACCCGGAUGGGUCGAUGCGUUCAACGGGCCGACCGUGCUCGCCGUCGGUUCCGGCAAGGGAUUGCUGGGCUCCGUGUACGGCCGUGGAGAUUUCGUCGCCGAUCUCGUACCGGUCGACGUCUGCAUAAAUCUUCUCAUAGUCGCUGCCUGGGAUACCGGUGCUAAAUUCGAUUCGAAACCCGAGCGGAACGUUCGCGUUUACAACUGCGUCUCGAGACCGUUCAAUCCGGUGACUUGGAACGACGUCGCCGUCGUUUACGACGAAUGUACGAGGAAAUACGCGAUGAGCGGUACCUUCAUGUGUCCGAAGGUCGGCAUCACCGAUUCCAAGGUCAAGCAUGCAUUGAUCAAGAUGUUCUGUCAGACCGUACCCGGUACGGUGGUCGACUUUUUAACGAUGAUUUCCGGCGGAAGGCCGUCGAUCAGGCAUUACCAGAGACAGUUGGAGAAAGCGAGUACGGUCCUCGAAUUCUUUACAACGAACGAAUGGGAGUUCGAGGCUAAAAAUGCGGAGCGACUGAGGCGCCGCAUGAAUCCGGCUGAUCUGAAAACGUUCGAUUUCAAUUUGGCCGAUCUGGACUGGGCGGAGUACAUCGACAACGGAUUUUUGGGAAUACGGAGAUACCUUCUGAAAGAAGAAGACGACACCAUUCAAGCGGCUAGAGAAAACAUCGUCAAAUGGGCUCUCAUCAAAAAGACCGUCAGGAUAUUUUUCGUUACCUGCACAAUUGCUAUUUCUGUAAUCGGACUUUUUACCGUUUACUUUAACCGGCCCCACUUCUUCGGAUAACAAAGAACUAUUCAACGACCUCGUUGUUAUUGCUCCAGAGUAUGAACAAAGUAAAUAAAUAAAUCUAUUCCCAUACGUCGUCCGAAUAAUACCUACAUUCACAAAUCUGAUUCAUCGAAUUUUCAACGUAUGUUAAUUAGCCAGGAUUAUUCAUU